GAGGUUACUGUUGCUGCUACUGCUGCUGCCGCUGCUGCCUUCACUGCUGAACCGGUGCCGCGGCGACGCCCGUGUUUCUGCUGUCUUCCUCGGGCUCCCCGGGGCUUGACCCCCCGGGGCCCUCAGCAGGCGUCGGUGAAGAGCCUGCAGAGUGAACCUGUGCUCCCUCACCCGCCCUCCAAAACCUCAUAUCGUGACUUUGAGGAACAGGAGCGAAAGGGCUGUCGCGACUCCGCGCCGUGUGUCGCCGGGCGGGGCCGCGGGGCUGGGGCUCCUCCAGGCCCCGGGAUGCGCGCGCGAGCUCUCGCCUCCACUUCCUUGUUGCCACUGUCACGACUGGAGCCGCCUCUCGCCGACAGCGGGGAGCGCGAGUGCGCGGGCCAGCCCGCUCGUCGAGCCCCCGGGCCGGGUGCCUCCGGGAAUGUGAGCCGCGCGGCUUGCACGCUCCUCGGGCCAUGGAUGCAUCAUAUGAUGGUACUGAGGUAACUGUCGUGAUGGAGGAAAUUGAGGAAUCCUACUGUUAUACCUCCCCUGGGCCACCCAAGAAGAAGAAAAAGUAUAAAAUACAUGGAGAAAAGGCCAAGAAACCCAGGUCGGCUUACCUUCUGUACUAUUAUGACAUCUACCUGAAAGUGCAGCAGGAGCUCCCACACCUCCCUCAGUCUGAGAUCAAUAAGAAGAUCAGCGAGAGCUGGAGGCUUCUCAGCGUGGCUGAAAGGAGUUACUACUUGGAGAAAGCCAAACUAGAGAAAGAAGGUUUGGAUCCUAACUCUAAGCUCUCUACACUGACUGCUGUGGUUCCAGACAUCCCAGGUUUCCGCAAGAUCCUACCCCGCUCAGAUUACAUCAUCAUCCCCAAGAGCAGCCUGCAGGAGGAUCGGAGCUGCCCUCAGCUAGAACUGUGUGUGGCCCAGAACCAGAUGUCCCCUAAAGGACCAUCUCUUGUAUCCAACACUGCCCUGGAGACAGUGCCCAGCCAUGCAGGCAUGGCAGAGCAGUGCAUGGCUGUGGAGGCCCUAGCUGAAGAGGUGGGAGCCCUUGCCCAGCCAGGAGCUGUACAGGAGAUCACCACCUCAGAGAUCCUCAGCCAGGAUGUACUCCUGGAGGAUGCUUCCCUGGAGGUAGGGGAGAGCCACCAACCUUACCAGACAAGCCUGGUAAUUGAAGAGACCUUAGUGAACGGCUCACCGGACCUCCCCACCGGAAGCCUGGCUGUGCCUCAACCCCAGGUUGGGGAUAGCAUGUCAGUGGUAACAGUCAUGAGGGAUUCCAGUGAGAGUAGCUCCUCGGUGCCCGCCACGCAGUUCAUCAUGUUGCCUCUUCCUGCCUACUCGGUUGUGGAAAAUCCCACCUCGAUCAAACUGACCACUACAUACACCCGCCGGGGCCAUGGGACAUGCACCAGCCCAGGUUGCUCCUUUACAUAUGUCACCAGGCACAAACCACCUAAGUGCCCUACCUGUGGUAACUUCCUAGGAGGGAAGUGGAUCCCAAAGGAAAAGCCAGCCAAAGUCAAAGUGGAAUUGGCACCUGGUGUCUCCUCCAAAGGAUCUGUGGUUAAAAGAAAUCAGCAGUCUGUCAUCACUGAGCAAAAUUCCUCUAAGGAAAACACCUCCAAACUGACUCUGGAGAACUCGGAAGCUGUAAGCCAGCUCCUAAGUGUAGCUCCUCCAAGAGAAGUGGGUGAGGAGAAUGAGUGGGAAGAAGUGGUCAUCUCAGAUGCCCAUAUUUUGGUCAAGGAAUCUCCUGGGAAUCGUGGUACAGCAGUCACUAAGACGCCAGUGGUCAAGAGUGGUGUGCAGCCUGAGGUCUCUCUGAGGACAACUGAGAAUGACAGUCCUAGCCCAGACAUACUACCACCAGCCGAGGGGACCAGCAUCUCCAGUUCACUCCCUGCUCCUAAAAAACCUACAGGAGUUGACCUGCUUACCUCUGGCCCCAGAGCCCCAGAGCUUAAAGGCAGAGCACGGGGCAAACCUUCAUUACUGGCUGCAGCAAGACCCAUGAGAGCAAUUUUGCCGGCCCCAGCUAAUGUGGGUCGAGGCAACAGUGUGGGACUGCCCAGGACCAGGCAGGCCUUUCCCCUGAGCGAUAAGACUCCCUCUGUGAGGACUUGUGGCCUGAAGCCAAGCACACUGAAGCAGCUGGGCCAGCCCAUCCAACAGCCAUCUAACACUGGUGAGGUGAAGCUACCAAAUGGCUCAGCCAACAGGACGUCUCAGUUGAAAGUUGUAGAGGUCAAGCCUGAUAUGUUUCCUCCAUAUAAGUACAGCUGCACUGUCACACUGGAUUUGGGCCUGGCUACAUCAAGAGGCCGGGGAAAGUGCAAGAAUCCCUCUUGUAGCUAUGUCUACACCAACCGGCAUAAACCGCGGAUUUGUCCCAGCUGUGGUUUUAACCUUGCCAAAGACCGGACUGAGAAAACCACCAAGGCUCUCGAGGCAAGCUCACCACUCCCAGAUGGGAUGAGUGUCACAGAGCCCCUGAGCGCCGGCCAGAGGGAGAUCCAGCGCCAGUCCACGCUGCAGCUGCUGCGCAAGGUUCUGCAGAUUCCUGAGAAUGAGUCUGAGCUGGCCGAGGUCUUCUCUUUGAUUCAUGAACUCAACAGCUCUCGACUCAUCCUGUCCAACGUGAGUGAGGAGACAGUCACCAUCGAGCAAACCUCUUGGUCGAAUUAUUAUGAGUCUCCAUCCACGCAGUGCCUUCUCUGUAACAGCCCAUUAUUCAAAGGGGGACAAAACUGCCUGGCUGGGCCUCAGGAGUGCUGGCUGCUGACAGCCAACCGGCUGCAGGUGGUGACUGCCCAGGUGAAGAUGUGUCUAAAUCCCCAUUGUCUGGCCCUGCAUAGCUUCAUGGACAUCUAUACAGGUCUCUUUAAUGUGGGGAACAAGCUGCUAGUGAGCCUGGACUUGCUUUUUGCAAUCCGAAACCAAAUCAAGCUGGGAGAGGACCCUAGAGUGUCUAUCAACACUGUUCUGAAGUCAGUGCAGGAGCAGACAGAGAAGACGCUAACCUCUGAGGAGCUGAGCCAGCUGCAAGAGCUGCUGUGCAAUGGCUACUGGGCGUUUGAGUGCCUCACUGUCCGAGACUACAAUGACAUGAUCUGUGGCAUCUGUGGCGUGGCCCCCAAAGUGGAAAUGGCCCAGAGAAGCGAAGACAAUGUGCUGGCGCUGAAGAGUGUGGAGUUCACCUGGCCUGAGUUCUUGGGCUCUAGUGAGGUAAACGUGGAGGACUUUUGGGCCACGAUGGAGACAGAGGUGAUUGAGCAGGUGGCCUUCCCUGCCAGCAUCCCUAUCACCAAGUUUGAUGCCUCUGUUAUUGCCCCCUUCUUCCCACCACUCAUGAGAGGAGCUGUGGUCGUCAACACUGAGAAAGACAAAAACCCGGAUGUACAGCCAGUACCUGGCAAUGGCAGUGCCUUGGUGAGGCUGCUCCAGGAGGGCACCUGCAAGCUGGAGGAACUGGGCUCCUACAGUGAGGAGGAGCUGCAGCAGCUGCUGAGGCGAUGCGGUAUCCCCUUUGGGGCAGAAGACUCCAAGGACCAGCUCUGCUUCUCCUUGUUGGCUCUCUAUGAAUCUGUGCAGAAUGGAGCCAGAGCUAGGCAGCCCCCGCCUCAUCUCACAGGGGGUAAAAUCUACAAGGUGUGCCCCCAUCAGGUGAUCUGUGGCUCCAAGUAUCUUGUGCGGGGCGAGAGUGCCCGUGACCAUGUGGAUCUGCUUGCCUCUUCUCGCCAUUGGCCACCUGUCUAUGUGGUAGACAUGGCCUCACCAGUGGCCCUGUGUGCCGACCUUUGCUACCCAGAGCUGACCAGCCAGAUGUGGGGGAGAAACCAGGGCUGUUUCUCUAGCCCCACGGAACCACCUGUGAGCGUGUCCUGCCCAGAACUCUUGGAUCAGCAUUAUACUGUGGACAUGACGGAGGCCGAGCACUCUGUCCAACACCCGGUCACCAAGACUGCCACACGGCACAUUGUCCAUGCAGGCACACAGCCCAGUCGUGGUGACUCCAGUGCUGGGCACCACUCUUUGGCCCUGUGUCCUGAGUUGGCACCGUACGCAACCAUCCUAGCCUCUAUCACAGACAGCAAACCACACAGUGUCCGCCAGCGGCCCAUUGCCUUUGACAAUGCCACCCACUAUUACCUCUACAACCGCCUCAUGGACUUCCUCACCAGCCGUGAGAUUGUCAACCGGCAGAUCCACGACAUUGUGCAGAGCUGCCAGCCUGGCGAGGUAGUCAUUCGCGACACCCUUUACCGCCUUGGGGUUGCUCAGAUCAAGACGGAGACAGAAGAGGAGGGUGAGGAAGAGGAGGUGGCCACAGUGGCAGAAUAAGCCUGGGUCUUGUACGGGGACCACACCAUCUCUCUCAAGCCAUAGUGAGGCCCUUACCCCAGCAGAUCCAUCCAGGGGACCUGUAAGAGUGUUCACCUGUGGGGAGGGCCUCUAAUGCUGGCACUGACCAAAGAGCUCCCAUGUUCUGAGCACAGUGGGGCCUGGGGUCCUUGGUUCUCAACCUUCCAGGGAUCGGGAAAGGUACCGGUACACACACCUUACCAGCCCCAAGAAAGCACUUGGAGGACAUAGUAUAUUCAACAGAGGGGAAGGGAGGCUGAGGGAAAGCUGGUAGCUGGUGGCUCUCCGGGGGCCUGAUGCGGGUCAGGCGGAGGUCCCAGGGUGGGCUACAGCAGAGCACGGCACUAGGUGGGCAGGUGCUGAGAUAGUUCUUCCCGCCCCAGGGGAGUGCUGUUUCCUCCCUGACUGCCCCAUGAGCUCCUUAGCCUGUUGCCUUUGACUCAGGGCCUUGGGGGGCCUCAUUAACUCUAGGGGCCCCUUUGGGCUCUCCCAGAUGAGGGAUGCACUUCAGUCCUCCUGCUUUUUCUGCACCCAAGUCAGGGAAGAGAGGGAGAAACAGCCACAGCUCUCUUCCAGGACUGGCCUCUUUGUUCAAGCUUUGAGGAAGAAGAUCCCCUUCCUUCUCUCCCUGGCCACUGCUGCUGCUCCCUACAUCCUCUCUGGGUCUUUCUGGGCCCUGGACCCUCACCACAGCCACAGAGGGGAUGUGGCCCAAGGUAUGACAUAACCUGGCAGCAGUAGGAAAAACUCCCUUCUGUGAAGGGGAAGCAGACUGGGCCAUAAGGAAACAGCAGGACUGGCUCAAGUGCCCGAGGUUUGCUUAGGGCACGGGAAUUGGCCAUGUGUUAUUUAAUUUAUUGAGAGGAGUGGAGUAGAUGGCUUUUUUCCCCUCCCUCUUGCCCCAGCAAGAAUAAAGUUUAUUAAAUUAUCU